UCGGGUUCUUUUUUGCUCCGGAGUCUUUACAAGAAGGGACGUUACGUCAUCACGUCUCGGCGGUGAGACGGCAACUUUCCGGGGUGUCACAGCAACUUCCGGCCGGGGCUGAGUGUACAUGUCUCGCUGGCUUUCGUGUGGCGCUUUCCCCUGAGCAAGUCCCGGAGGUGCCCGGGGGCAUUCCAGUGCUCGCGGCGGUAAACUCACCAGCCCGCCAAGAUGGCGAUGCAAGCGGCCAAGAGGGCGAACAUUCGACUUCCUCCUGAAGUAAAUCGGAUUUUGUAUAUAAGAAACCUGCCAUACAAAAUCACAGCUGAAGAAAUGUAUGACAUUUUUGGAAAAUAUGGACCUAUUCGUCAAAUCAGAGUGGGGAACACACCUGAAACUAGAGGAACAGCUUAUGUGGUCUACGAAGACAUCUUUGAUGCCAAGAAUGCUUGUGACCACUUGUCAGGAUUCAAUGUUUGUAACAGAUACCUCGUGGUGUUGUACUACAACGCUAACAGGGCAUUUCAGAAGAUGGACACAAAGAAGAAGGAAGAACAAUUGAAGCUACUCAAGGAAAAAUACGGCAUCAACACAGACCCACCAAAGUGAGCGUGAGCGUCGUCUGUGUUUGCCCUUUGGACUAAUGCCCAUGAACCACCACCACUACCCAUUCCUGUGUUUUCAGUCAAUACUGAAUAUUGUGAUUUCUUAUUUGAGACUCAAAAUAGCCCCCUUUGGGAUGUAUUAGAAUAUGUCACACUAGGUCUGUGGCCAUACCACCCUGAACAUGCCUGAUCUCAUCUGAUCUUGGAAGCUAAGCAGGGCCGAGCCUGGUUAGUAUUUGGAUGGAAGACUAUGUCACAUUAAUAAACUCAUUGCCUUUUUUAAAAAACA